AUGAAGAUCCUUGAGUGUAAAAGAACAAAGGGGCAACACGUUUUACCAUUGUUUUAUAAUCUAGAUCCGUCGGAAGUACGGAAUCAAACCAAUAGUGUCGGAGAAGCAUUUGUCAAACAUGGAGAGAGGUUCAAGAAUGAUGAAAAUAAGGUACAUGGGUGGAAGACAGUUCUAACAGAAGCGGCCAAUUUGUCCGGAAAGCUUUUGGGAAACAGGAACGAACCAGAAUUUAUUCACGAAAUUAUUGAAUGGGUGAAUUCAAUAUUAGUAAAAAAGACAGACUUGCAAGUUGCCCGGUAUCCGGUUGGAAUAGAGUCCCUUUUACAAGAUAUGAAGUUGCUUUUAGAUAUAGAGAACAUUGUCAGUAAACAAAUGGUAGGGAUCUUCGGAACUGCUGGAGUUGGUAAGACAACUCUUGCCAAAGCCAUUUACAACUCGAUUGCUUCUCAGUUUGAAGGUUGUUGUUUUCUUGAAAACAUUAGAGAAACUUCCAGCCAAACGGGUCUGAUCCAUUUGCAAAAUAAACUUCUUUCUAAGAUCCUAGAAUGUUCAAGUAUAAUAGUUGACAAUGUUGAUCAAGGAAUUACUUUGAUAGAGCAGAGGCUUUGCCUAAAAAGAAUACUUCUCGUUCUUGAUGACGUGGAUCAUUCAGACCAAAUAGAAAAGAUUGUUGGAAAUUGUGAUUGGUUUGAUUUAGGAAGUAGAGUCAUCAUAACAACAAGAGAUGCACAUUUACUAACUAAGUAUCAAGCUUUAACCUACAGGGUGAGAGAAUUGGAUCACUACAAAGCUCUUCAGCUCUUUAGUUAUCAUGCGUUCAAUAAAGAUAGCCCUGAUGAUGGUUAUGUGGAAGUCACAAACGAUGUAAUAAAUUAUGCCGGAGGAUUACCACUAGCUUUAGUAGUGCUAGGCUCAGCUCUUAAAGACACCGUGUGUUUCUUCAAAGGAAAGGAGGUAGGAUAUGUCACAAAAAUACUAGGUAGUUGUGGCAUCAAAGAGCUAAUGGACAGGCGUCUGAUAACUGAGUCUAACAAAUUAUUGGAGAUGCAUGACUUAUUGCAAGAAAUGGAUAGAGAAAUUGUUCGACAAGAAUCACCCAAAGAACCUGGCAAGCGUAGUAGAUUGUGGUUUCAUGAAGAUGUUCGUAAUGUUCUAGAAGGAAACACGGGAACAAACAAAGUUGAGGGCAUAUUGAUAAAUUUGCCCGAAGAAGAAGUGAUACGCUUGAGUCCCAAAGUCUUCAAGAAAAUGAAAAGGCUUAGAAUUUUUAUAAACAAUAAUGCACGCAUUUUUGAAAAGCCUACUUUUCUUUCUAAUGAAUUAAGAGUGCUUUAUUGGCCUAAAUAUCCCGGAGAAUUUUUGCCAUCUACUUUUUGUGGAAAGAACAUUGUCAUUCUAAGCAUGCCUCAUAGCCAUCUCAAUGAAUUGGAGGGAGUCCAGAAACUAGUGGGGGCAAUGGGGGGUGUAGCCUUUGUGGUGGCGCUACCUGUUGUCCGUUGA